AGCUCUUUUUGUUUGUAUUGACUUAUUUAUUUUUAUACACUGCUGUAGUCAUUGAUGGUGUGAAGUGUAUUCCACAACAAGCCUAACUUUAAAAUUUUAACACACAAUUUGAAUUGUGUUAAUAUUUUAUUUGGAAUGGAGAAUGGUCUCCACGCGCGGUGUGAAGUUAAAGUUUUCAGAAGGAGAAAAGGUUUUAUGCUACGAGCCAGAUCCUGCUAAAACUAAAGUUUUAUAUAAUUCUAAGGUUCUUAGUAUUACUGUUGGCAAGGAUGAAAGUGGGAAGAGACUUGUAGAAUUCUUAAUCCAUUUCCAGGGCUGGAACUCAACUUGGGACAGAUUUGUUACAGAAGAAUAUGUUUUAAAAGACACAGAAGAAAACCGACAACUACAAAGAGAACUUGCAGAAAAAGCCCAGCUAACAGCUGGUGGGAACCUUUACAAGAGAGAGCGCAAGAAGCGGAGACGCAAGCUGUCGGAGCGGAUCUCGGAGAGCCUGGAGGCGAAGCGGGUGUGCGACUCACCAAGCACCGAGCCCGAGCCAGCCCCAGACCUGGGUGAGUUAUCGGACCAGUCGACAUCAGGUGCAGACGACGACGUGGUGCCCAUCCAUCUCAGUGACGCCAUCAAGCGACACUUGGAGCUCGACUACCGAUUGGUUACACAGGAGAACAAGCUCUCAAAAUUGCCGUGUACUCCAAAUGUGGUCACCAUUCUGGAGAAUUUCUUCAGGCAUUGGGCUAUGAAGCAACUGAACCUCUCAGACAAAAGCAACCUUAGCAAUAACUCUGAUAAAACUAAAGAUUUUGACACCAUCUUCAGAAACCUGAAUCUGUGUAAGGAGGUAGCAGAUGGACUCCGUAUAUAUUUUGAUUUCACCCUGGGUUCCCUGCUCUUGUAUCGCCAGGAAAAAGAGCAGUUUCGCCAGGCUGUCAGUCAGCCAGCAUCCACAUAUUAUCCUGGUGGUUUACCAGGCAGUAUAAAACAAGAAGUUACUGAUAGUGAUUGUGAAGAUAAAUUUAACCACGAAGGAGAAGAUAUUGCUCGGAAGAAGAGUCUCAGGUCAUCCCAUAAAGUAGUAACUGGGCAUGAGCACACAAAUGGCAAACCUCAUCCUGCUCAUUUAACUUCACUGUCUACUUGUAGUGGUGCCAGCACCAGCUCCAUGCUGAGCGGGACCCAGUGUCCUCGUCUCUCAGCUCUAAUUUCCCAGAUUCAGGAGUGGAGGAUCGUUCCCCCCAGCGCAUACAGUAUCCAGCCUGCCCCUCCAUCUCUCAUCUACGGUGCGAUACACUUGGCCAGGCUCUUUGUAAAACUUCCAGAACUCCUACAAACUACAAACAUGUCAGACGACAAACUUGAAAUUGUCCUUGAACACUUCGGGUACUUUCUCAAGUAUCUAGAAGAUCACUCAGAAUGGUUCGGAGUAUCCCACUACAAGGAGAACCCUGACUCCUUGUCAGAUGCUGACCAUUGAAAUGCUGUUUUAUUGUGAUUGUGUAUUUUUGUGUGAUGGCAUUUACAACCAUUAGUCUAUAAUUUAUCUGUAUGUAACUGUUUGUAUUUUUUACUUUUUUGGUAAUUCACACUUGGAAAUAAACAUCCGCAUGAAUAUACAUUGAAUAAACUUUUUUAUGAAAACUUAAAUUCAAAUUCAAUAAAAUUCUGUAGGUAAAAUAAA